UGGCCCUUUUUCCAGGAACGUUUCCAUACAAUAAAGUGUGAUAAACCCACACUAGUCACCUGCUCGGCGCCGGCUAUAAAGGCUCACGUCGCCUCCCACUCGCAGUCAACGUCCUUCGACUCUACGUCCCACUGAGGAAGUUUUAACUCCGACCAUGGCUGUGACCACCCAACCAGGCUCCUAUCCUCGCUCCGACUUCCAGACCGGCCUGUGCGACUGCUGCGAUGACAUCGGAACCUGCUGCUGUGCGCUGUGGUGCUACCCGUGCCUGGGCUGCACCAUCGCCAGCGCCAUGGACGAGUGCUGCCUGUGUGGCCUGGGCAUGCCCAUCCGCUCCGUCUACAGGACCAAAUACAACAUCAGCGGCUCCAUGUGUAAUGACUUCCUGGUAACCUGGUGCUGUCCACACUGCGCCACCUGCCAGCUGAAGAGAGACAUCAUGCGCAGACAGCAGCAGGGCAUCUUCUGAUCCGGCUGGUGUCUUGGCAUCGUGAGGACUUUCGUUUUAUGGAUCUGAUGUUGAAAUUGCAAAACACAUUUUCUCUCUUCCUUCCAGUUUGAGUGAUACGGGACGCGCUGUAAAUCUGCUGGACUGCUGUAAUUUUAAAAGCUUUUACUCAUGCAGCUGAUUCUCAUAAAGUCAUUAAAGUUUGUUUGCCAAGCCGUU